UGCAAAGUUCACCCCCCUAGUCUCUGGAAGUCGUUUUGGGUCAUCUGUUACUCCCAACAGCAAAAGUGUGUGAACUGCAAGUCACGUCACGCGCUUGCCAGAGAGAGAGAAUGGCGGACGCCUACCACCACUGUCCCUCCAGUUCCUCCGAUGAGGACGAGGAAUCGGAGGAGGAGGAGGAGGAGGAAGAAGCAGCAGCAGACGCAGACUGCCUCCCCCUGCCCCGCCCCCAGCACUGGACCGGUCUGUCGGACAGCAUGAAAGGUCUGCUGGCGGCGCUGCUGGGCGGGGGGGUGCCGGCCGGCUUCGUGCCUCUCUUCACCCGCAUCGCCCACGAGAGCGCGCACCUCCCCCCACUGGAGGUCCUGUUCGGACGCUGCCUGCUGCACUUGCUGGUGUCGGCCGCGGUGCCCUGCCUGUGGAGGAGCUCCGCCGGACAGCCCUCCUUUGGACCCCGGGCAGCCUGGCCCCGCCUGCUGACCCACGCCUUGGUCCACCUGAUCUCGGUGGGCUGCGCGUACAGCUCCUUCACGCUGGUGCCGGCGGGGAAUGCGGCCGCCGUGCGUAAGGGCGCCUCCACCCUGGCCUCCGUCCUGCUGGCCCUGUGCCUGGGCAGUGGCCCGCUGAGCUGCUACGACUGCGUGGGGCUCCUGGGCAGCCUGCUGGGGUUGCUGGUCAUCGUGCUGCCCGACCUGCUCCUCUCCGCGCACUCCUCGGCCCGCACGGAGGACCUCUUCGGCUACGCCCUGGCCUCGCUGGGCGGCCUGGCCCUGGCCCUGGGCCUGGUCAUCUUCCGGACCUUCUCGCACCCAGGCAGGUUCCAGGGGGCCGUCUUCUCCUUCGGGGCUCUGGGGGCCUUGAUCUGCGGCCCUGCCUUUAGCCUCCUGGAGCCAGUCUGGCCCCGGGGCCCCCUGGCUUGGGCGUGCCUGGUGGCGGUCGCCUGCCUGGCCCUGGCCGCUUUCCUCUCCUCUAACUACGCGGUGACGAAGACGCACCCGGCCCUGGUGUGCGCGCUGCUGCACUCCGAGGUGGUGGUGUCCAUGAGCCUGCAGUAUGCCAUGCUGGGGGAGCCUGUCACCUCCUUCGAUAUCCUGGGGGCCGGAGUCAUCGUGGGCAGCAUCGCGGUGAUCAGCGCCCAGAACUUCAGCUGCGACACCACCCAGAGCGAAAAACUGAGCUGCUGAGGAAAUAAAGGGGUGGGCUUUACCCUGACCUGCCCAGCCCAGUCAGCACACUCGCCUGAGAUUACUGGAGACAGUCACCCCAGCCAGCGCGCAAAACUUUUGUCCACUGCUGUAGAGCUCUGAGUAUUGGAAGUUACAAAGUACCUGUCUGUGUGUCCCCUUGUGCCCGCAGGCCCAGGUGCUCAUAGAAAACAUUUCAUUUUAUAUAGUGUACUGCGCUGAGGGUUGCAAGAGAGUAAAUACACACAGAAUACAAGCAAAAACGCCACCCGGCUCCCAGCGACCCUCCAGACCUCUACAGCAUUGC